AUGAGGGCAAUUGGGGCAUAUGAUCAACAAAUAUGGGAAAAAUCAGUAGAACAAAGAGAAAUCAAGGGUUUGAGAAACAAACCAAAGAAAACAGGACAUGUAAAACCAGACCUCAUAGAUGUUGAUCUUGUGCGAGGAUCUGCUUUUGCUAAAGCAAAACCCGAAAGUCCCUGGACAUCUCUGACCCGCAAAGGAAUCGUGAGAGUUGUUUUCUUUCCAUUCUUCUACAGGUGGUGGCUACAAGUGACAUCGAGAGUCAUCUUUUUCUGGCUGCUUGUUCUUUACCUUCUUCAAGUUGCUGCUGUAGUGUUAUUCUGUACAGCCCAGAGCCCACAUAAUAUACCUCUGACUGAAGUAAUUGGGCCAAUAUGGCUCAUGUUGCUACUUGGAACUGUACACUGUCAGAUUGUUUCAACACGAACCCCUAAGCCUCCUCCCAGCACAGGGGUUAAAAGAAGAAGGAAAUUAAGGAAAGCAGCACAUUUGGAAGUACAUAGGGAAGGAGAUGGCUCUAGUACCACAGAUAACACACAGGAGGGAACAGUGCAGAGCUACGGUACAAGCACCUCUUACAGUAUUGGCGCUGUCUUCAGAGAUAUCUGGCAUGCCGCUUUCUUUUUAUCAGGGUUUGUAUUUAUUCAAGGCUACAUAUGUGUGAGAUAUGCACUAUCCCUUUUCCAGAGAAGUAAACGUUAAUCUGCUGAUUAGAUAAGAACAAAAAAUAAAUUGACAAAAACUUAAUAGUAAACUCAGCUCAGUGUUUGAAUGUGCAUUAACCUCUUCCUUUUUGCCUUCUGAAAUUGUUGAUGAAACAAAUGUAGAAAUGCAAAGUAACUUUGGCUGAUUUUUAUGAUAAUUGUAGGACUACACUUUGCGAUGUGUCAGGAAUGAACUAGCUUGUUUUUUCAAUUUUAAUCCAACGAGAAAAUUUUAUAUUUUAGUUGAUUGCAUUAUUUGAUAAUUACAUGGAGAGAAUGCACAUAGGUCGCCAUCGCUGUCAUAAAAUCACACAUUUUUCUGAAGGAAAAACCUUCAGGACUCAAGCAUGGCAUUUAAUCACUGAGCCAUGAAGAUGCAUGUUCUAAUGACUGGAAGAAGCAUUUAAGCUUGAUAUAUUUCAGAGUGCUAUACAUCAGCAUUUACUAGUAAAGUUGAAUAUAUGCUUAUGAACUGGUACAAAAUGAAGAAAAGGGAUACUGCAAGUUACUACAUUGUUUUGUUCUGCAUGCUGCAUCUUAAAUAUUGCAACACUAAUGUGUCUGUUGUAUUCGUGAUUCGUGUUCUUAACCUCUGGUAAAGCUUUAUCUUGUGUUACGUUACAUUCUGGAAAUAAAAAUCUGGAAAAAUUUAAAAAAUA